AUGAGCUCACCCUACCCCAGGUCUAUGGGUGAUGAAGAGUCGGCAAGUCGUGGUGGAAACGAGGCAUCCCGACACAACUCCGAAGCUGCGUAUUUUCGUCGGGCUAUGGGCCGCCUGCUCAAUGGCGAUCGAGACGAAUGCCGUUCUUUGCGAUGGAGAGAGGAUGGCAAUGAGGAGCCCUCGGAGAGACUACCAGUGCCGACAGUUAUGCCCUCCACAGAUGUCUACUCGACACCAUUGCCAACUCUCUCCAUCAUUGUAUUGUCCAUUAUGAUGUUAGGAGAAUUCCUAUUAGCGAACGUUUCAACACCGUUUUUGUUGUUUAUGGUUAAAGAUUUUGGCGUUUUAUCUGACGACGCGGAAGUCGCAUUCUGGACUGGCAUACUAGUAUCAACCUUCUUCUUGACACAAUUUGCGACUUCGCUUCUUUGGGCCACUGUGGCUGAUAAGUAUGGAUGCCGUAUGGUAUUGGUCGUAUGUCUGUUCGGCGGCUCUGUUACAUGCGCCCUCUUUGGACUAUGCAAGAAUAUCGAGCAAGCCAUGGCCGUACGUUUCUUGCAAGGUGUAUUUGGUGGGGCUGUCGGAGUCGCAAGAGGUGCAGUGGCAUCUAUCACUGACGAAAGCAACUCGGGAAGAGCUUAUGCAAUUUUGGGGUUCUGUUGGGGAUUCGGAGGUGUCGCUGGUGCGAUUGUUGGCGGGUUUUUUGAAAGUCCCGCCACAAAAUGGCCAGGAGCUUUCGGCUCCGGAUCUGUCUUCGCUCUAUACCCGUACCUCCUACCAUGCGCUGUUGCUGCAUCUAUCACGCUAGUCGGUUCCAUUAUGGCCUGUUUUCUCGGGCGAGAUGGAGGUCCUGCAACAACCGCUGCUUCUUCGGAACCUGAGAAAAACGGAGACAUGCCUUCUCCUAUCCCGGAGGAAGAGUCUCUUACAACCAGUCCGAAUGCAGACGACGAUGCAUUUCCUCGCACGUUCACUGGAGGAUCUCUGAGCAAGACUCUGACACAGAAGCUAUCCGGCUACCUAUCAGCGCGCGGACAGGAUACGGCAGAUACUAGUACCGAGCCGAAACCUGGACCUUCUGCUGCGUUACCGAUACUGAGGUCGAACACGUUCUCGAAGGCGAGCCGAACCUCCGGGUAUGGGACUUUUACCAGCAGGUAUGGUCAGAGUUUCAGGGCGAGGCGGGAAAGCAUGACAAGUUCUGUCUUACCUUCCUCGAACGUCCAACGAAGGAGAGGCAGCGACGCGAGCAUUGCUCACCGUAUGGUCAUGGCCAACGAAAACACAGUUAACAACAUUGCAGACCUUUGGGUCGCAGCGGCGAUGAACGUGGAUAACGAUGACCCAGAUCAGACAGACGACGAUUUGUCUGAUGACGAUUCAAUAGAUACGUCCCGGGGGCGCCGGUAUUCCAGAAGUAACACUGCCUCUCCGUUUUCUCGCCGCUCAAUCUCACUGCAAAACGGGGGCGGCAGUGGCACGCCUACUCUUCGACCUGUGCCUCUCGGUGCUUCUCCGCAUCCGCAAACAAGACGACUCCGGCAGGCCUCACUUGCUCCGUCGGUGGAUACGGUGUCGAAAGGAAUGCCUUCGAUAUACGCCAAUACAGGUGUCGAGUCGUCACCGGCACCGGCGGCGCCAUCGAUGUUGUUCCGUUCAGAUACACUGAUGUCUAAUACCGACGCGCUCACAACGAUUUUGGAGGCGCGAAAGUCGCAGGUUGAACUAGAGCGACCUCCUUCGAUGUGGUCGAAGUUGCCAGGAAUGAUCAUCUUGCAGUAUGGAUUACUUGCACUGCAUACGACGACCCAUGAUCAAAUAUUUAUGUCUUAUCUCGUAACAGAUUAUGAUUCGGGCGGUCUCAAUCUCAGCGCUGGCGGAUUUGCGCAAAUCAUUGCCAUAAUGUGCAUCUUUCAAAUUGUGUAUCAGUUCUACCUGUAUCCUAACCUUGGGCAAGUCUUGCUGCCGCCUCGUGGAAGGCUCUCGCAUCUUGCCAUGUUCCGGCUUGGUUCGUUCUUGUUCAUACCAUCGUAUUUGACGGUGGUGUUGUACCGCGGCCCUUUCGCCAGCGCAGAUAGUAGUGGCAGUCUUGUGUUGAUGACUGCUCUCGCUAUCAGCACCGCCGUAAGGUUUUGCGGAGUAACAUUUGCGUUUACCUCUGUGGCAAUCCUUUUGAAUUACAUGUCCCCGCCCGAAGCAGUUGGGUACGCCAACGGGGUGGCGCAAAGUAUUGUCAGUCUUGCCAGAUGUUUUGGCCCUGUCUUGGGUGGUUACCUGUGGUCCGUUAGUAUAGAGGGCAACCCGGGUGGAUAUCCGCUCGGAUUCAUCGCAGUAGGAGCAGUUUGUGCGAUGGCGGUUCUGCAUAGUUUCCUUAUUCGAUGA